AUGACCAACAGUAAUGGAGUAGAAUGUUCACAAGCUCUAGAUCCUAUGUGGGAACAAGCAUGUUUGUUAACAAGGCUUGUUUCAAGCUCUGUAAGGAUAUCUGAGACUGCUGGACGAGUCAUAAAGAAUAUUAUGCGAAAUGGGGAUUUGAAAAUUGUUGAUAAAGGAAGUGGUGUGAAAGAAGAUCCACAAACUGAAGCUGACCGUGCAGCUCAGUAUUGUAUCGUUAAAUCAUUACAGAAAAAGUUUGGUGAAUCUCUCAAAGUUAUUGGUGAGGAGGAUUAUACAUCUGCUGUUGAGGAACUGGAGAUUAACUAUAACGAUGAAGUUUUGAGGAGGGACAAGGAUUGCCCAAAAGAUUUGCGAAAUAUUGAUCUCUCUGAAGUUGUUGUGUGGGUUGAUCCUUUGGACGGGACUUGCGAAUUUGCAGAAGCGCAUCGAACAGGGUCUCCGUUGCUGCAGCAUAUAACUGUCUUGAUUGGCAUAUGUUAUAAAGGAAGGGCUGUUGCGGGAGUAAUACAUCAACCAUAUUUUGGAGAGAACCAUUCAGGUCGAACAAUAUGGGGCAUUGUUGGUUUGGGAGCUUUUGGGGUUGAAAUCUCUAAACGCUGCGAAAAAAGGUUGGUCGUAACUACUCGAAGCCAUUCUACCAAAACCGUAACAGAGGCUUUGGAAGCUUUAAAAUCUAAGGGGCUUCUUGAUUCUGUAAUCCCAGUGCUUAGAUGCUUAGAAGGUGCUGCUGCAUACGUUUUUGCUAGUCCAGGUUGCAAGAAGUGGGACACGGCAGCACCUGAAGCAGUCCUUAUUGCGGCAGGAGGCAACUUAACGGAUGUAUCAGGUCGCAAACUUUAUUAUGGACCAGAUGCACAAUUUAUGAAUAGUGGAGGUGUAGUGGCUACGUCGAAUUGGGUUAACCACAAGGAUUAUAUCGAUGCAAUUCCAGAUUCUGUCAAAGCUACUUUACCAGAGCUGAUUGCAAAUAAAGGUCACGUACUCAGUAAAUAA